AUGGCCAUUACGUCCUGCGCUAGAUGUUUGGAAGCACCCUGUAGGAAUGUUCUUGAGCACGCGUGCUCAUUGCCUCCCCCCUACAUCCUGCUUUCCAGUAUACCGUUGAUUUUCAACACUUCUUUUGCCAGUUUUCUGUGUAUGUGUUUUAGUUACUCGCAAUACUUCUAUUUUAUUGCAGAUAUGUUCGAGCUAAUUAUAAAUGAAUAUCUUGGAAAUACAAUGUGCAAGGAUUGGACGAUUAUUGGCAUGCUCAAAUAUAUCGAAUCAAAAUCUGAAAUAUCCACUGAUAUAAUCGAGACCUUGAAAACGGAAAUAUACUCAGCUUUACAAAAUUUCAGAGAUAGUCAUAACAUUCAUAUUCACGAGAACGCAAAAAAAAAAGCGAGAAAAAUUUUAACAAGCUUUGAUAAGUCAUUCUCUUCAGUUAACGUGAAUAAUUUUAUUAAUGAAUUAGAAUUAAAAGAUGAAAGAAGGGGAUUCCAUCUAGCCGUGCGUCGAAAUGUGACAUCAUCAAGCACGUUACAAGCACUAGAGGAACAUCACUCAACCAGAAAAGAAAUUGAAGAGAUACGCAAUACAAAUGAAAAUGAGGUCGCUAUCUCUGUUGAUGAUGAAUCUGGUCAGGGUAAUGAAAAAGAAAAGGUGACUCAAGAGAACGUUCGCAAGCGGUCAUAUGCUGAGGUCGAUAAUUUGUAUUCUUUUUCUAACGAGCCUUCAGCUUAUGUAAUUUUAACAAUGGAGAAAUAUUGUAAAAAACAAACCACUUCGAAAUUUGACUUGGCACAUAGUUUCAUCCUAGAUCUUACAUCCGAGUCACAGAUAGAAAAAGAAUUUGAGCCAAAAUUAUGGGCAGAACUCAUAGCUGACCGGCCUGCCACAAUCAAAUCCGAAUAUCAUAAAGAAAUUGAAUCCAUUUGUGAUCAUCUAUUUGGUCCUCUUUGUAAAAAAAAACAACCGAAACUUUAUGAAUCUCGCGAUAAAUGGGAGAAUUUAAGAAAUUUAAAGGCACCAGAAUAUAAUAAUGAUUUUUCAUAUGAAAAGGAAGAUUGGAAAAAGAUUUUGUAUUGGGCAGAACGUGCCGUUGGACCAUU